AUGCUUCCGGAUGAAAUACUUUUACAAGUUUGUCGAUAUCUUCAUAAUGGUGAUGUUCUCUAUUCAUUUUUUGGUCUUAAUUCUCGUCUUAAUCAAACAAUAACAUUUUAUCGUCAGCAUGUUUCACUUCAUCGAACAUUUUAUAUGCAAUUUACUCAUAUAUUUAGUAUAAUUCUUCCUCAAAUCGCAUCAUCCAUACGUUCUUUAGUUAUAUUUGAAUUAGAAUCUCCAUCAUUUUUAACUUCAUUUCAAAAUAAUCUUCUUUAUCAUAGUUUAGAAAAAUUAACAUUAGUUAAUUGGACUGAUGAAAAACUUAUUUUAUUUAUUGAUAAAUUACAUGGUAUGAAAUAUUUUCAUAAAUUGACAAUUCAAGCACUUGAUUUAACUGAUUCAAUAAAAAAUUUAAAUCUCCUUCAAACAAUUCUUGGUGCAAAUGAUAAUUGUUUAACCUAUGUUAGUUUUGAUCAUGAAUGUGAUCCAUUUACUUUACCAGAUGAUGAAGUCUAUCAAAGAAAUUUUCCAAAUAUUAUUCGUUUGGAUAUUGAAUUACAAACAACGAAAGAUUUUUUUCAACUUAAUCAUUUAAUUCCUAAUGUUGAACAACUUCAUACAACGUUUAAACGUCCAUGGAUAAGAAUAUUAGAAAAUCAACAAAGAUUUUCGUUUUUAAAAGAAUUAUAUGUUUAUGCAAUGAGUUGGUUUUCAUCAUUUGAUGAUCUUAAAACAUUGAUACAUUCUUCACCGAUCAUAGAAAAUAUUUCAUUAGUACUUGUUAGUCAUGAUUAUUCUAUGACGAAUGGACAACGUGUACUUUCACUUCUUCCGAAUUGGAUAAAAAAAUUUGAUUAUAGUAUUUGUUAUCAACCAUCUAAUACAGAUGAUGAAUUUGAUCCAAUUAGUAUUAUUAAUUCAUGGAAAUCUAUUCCUAUUGCUUAUUCAAUAUCUGAAAAUGAUAAACGGAUUUUUUUACAUACGAUUUCAUAUCAAUCAAAUCGUUUAGCACUUCGUUCAUUAUUUAAUAAAAAUAUGUCAACAAUAUUGAAUAGUCAGAUUUAUCGAAAUGUUCGUCAUGUACAUAUUUAUGAUACGAUAACUUUAGCUGAAACUUUUGGUAUUAUACGACAUUGUCGACAAAUUAUUGAUUUAAUUAUUUCUAUCCGAACGUUACCACCAAGAGCAGAAGAUCCACCAAAAACAACUGUUAUCCUUCCUUAUCUUAAUCGUCUUGAUUUUCUUUCUAUUCAGGGUACACCGCCAGAUUCACAUUGUAUAGAAAAAAUUCUAUUAAUCGCACCUAAUCUUGCUGCAUUUUCGAUUGAUUUUGAUUGCUUACAUAAAUUACUUAUUGAUGAUGAUCAAUCGCUUAUGCUAUUCUAUCUUCUUCAUCGACGUAUUCUAAUUCUAUGUCUUCGUUUUGAAAAUACAAUGAUCAGAAAUUUAACUGAUGAACAUAUUCAUUGUAUUGCUCGAAUAUUUUCUGGAGUAAAUCAUAUAUGUUUCGAUUUUCGAUAUUCACCAAUUAAAAUUGAAAAUCAUAUGAUAUCAAUAAUAUUAAAUUAUUUUCCCAAACUAAUGGUUCUUAGUAUAUAUGGUCAAUUAUCCGAUGAUUUUCAUUUAAAUAAAAAACAUUUAAAAGAAUAUCUUGUUAAACAAUCAACAGGUCGAUUAACAGAUAUAAACAGAUUUGAAAUUGAUCGUGGAAAUGAAAGAGUUAAAAUUUGGAUGUAA